AUGGUUCAGAGCGGCGAACAGCAAGUAUUAGCUAAAUAUCCUCUGGCCAUAGUCUCUAAGCUUCUCGACGCAUUUGGCAAGGACCUCGGUGGUGGGUACGACAUAGGGUGCAGGUUCAAGACCACCCUCAGUUGCAGUGUACUUGGGCACCACGCACAUGAACUCAACCAUACCUCACUCCAUCUGUGUCAGCUCAAUCACCUUGCCACUUAUGUCAAUAGCCUUGGGCUAGAAGACUCCGAAGGCUGUGAGCGGACAUUCUCGAAGUCCAACGCACUCGCAUCCUCAGUCCAAUAUGCAAGCAUAUUUCACCGGCGUCAAGCUAUCGCCAACUACUUUCAACAUAACAAUGACUAUGAGAUCUACACGAAUCUUAGCACAUUCUUAUACAAUAACUACAAGCAAGUGCUUCGCAUCAUUGCCGAUGGUCAAGAAUCUCUACCAAGACUGAUGCGCGAACUCGGUAUAGAGGAUGAGAGUGUGUUUGACACCUGGUUAGCUGAGGAGCGAGCUUACCUCACAUUGUUGAGCCAAGAACCAACCAACAAGACCCUGCAGAUGGAAUACUGGCAAAAGCUCGUUAAUUUGUCUGGUAGCAAACAGGAUCUAGACGCUGCUAUGGCAGCUUGGACUGUGGCCACUCCAAGCACAGUGCAGUUUGGUGCCCGUGAUGUUGCAUUGACGAACAAGAUCGAGACUGCGCGCAGGCAUGCCAUCGAGAAUUACAAGAAGGACCUCAAGGUAGUCCAGGAACUCGAGAUGAAACUUAGUGCUCUACAAGUGCGUUCGGCGGCCAUUCGUACUGCUCUAGACAAGUACAAUACUGCUGCUCGAGCACUUUCCCCUCCACGUCCUGCUCUCUCAUGGGAAGAAGUCAUCAAGUAUGCUUUCCUUGCUGACUUCAACUUCCUCCGUGAUGUGUGGCAAGAUAUAUCACAGCGUCCCUGGUCAACUCCAACUGGGCGCCUCACUAUGGACACUCAUUUCAAGAUGUGCCAUGCACGCGAGGAGAUUCAAUGUCUCAAUAUUGAAAUCAGGCAGCUAGCUACCUACUUACAUGAUGAGAGCAGGUACUUAAUAGAGUGUGAGAUGCAACUUCAAACUCUACAUCCGGGGCUCGCUCAUCAAGUUGCCUUGCAUCGCAAGAUCUGGUCCAUUAUACCAGGUGAAAGCAUCGAGCAAGGACCGGGUGCCAGUGCUAGCUCUCCUACAGUCUGCAUUCCUCCCCAGCUUGCUUCUGAUGGGCUGCACCUAGACCAGGGAGGCAAAGAUGACGACACAUUGGAGGAUCUUGAAGAGGAGGAGAAUGCUGAGGCCGAUGGGGAGGAGCAUGCUCGCAUACUCGAAGGGAUUGUACAGGUGACAUUCAAUGUUUGA